UUUUCAGUUUCAAAAAUGGUUUUCACCGUCCCUUCGGAUCUGUCUGGUGGACUUUAUUUUUUGAAUGGAAAGAGAACAACAAUUGAGUCAACUGAGACAUUUGACGUAAUUGAGCCACGUAUCGGACAAGUCGUUGCUAAAUGCCCAAAAGCAACAGCGGAUAUUGUUGAUCAAUACGUUAAAGCUGCUGCUGAUGCUCAAUCAGCAUGGGGAGAAACUACUGCUUUGGACAGAGGAAAGGUUCUUCAUAAAGUUGCUGAUUUGAUUAGAGAACAUGCUGAAGAGAUCGCAAUUUGGGAAGUGAAAACCAAUGGAAAACCAAUUUAUGAGGCUCGUUGUGACAUUGCAUCUUCAGCUGACACUUUUGAUUUCUUUGGUGGAAUCGCUACGGCAGUUCUCCAAGGAGAUUCUCUUGAACUUCCAGGUGGACCAUCUCAACGUAUUGCCUAUACACGCCGUGAACCAUAUGGAGUUGUUGGAUGUAUUGGAGCAUGGAACUAUCCAUUCCAGACAUGCGUUUGGAAGGUUGCUCCAGCGCUUGCUGCUGGAAACGCAGUUGUCUAUAAGCCAUCUCCAUUUGCUCCAGCUUCACCAGUACUUCUAGGAGAGAUCCUUACAGCUGCUGGUGUACCUAAAGGAGUAUACAAUGUUAUUCAAGGAGAACAAGAAGCUGGUGUUGCUCUUUGCGAGCAUAAUUUGGUUGCAAAAGUUUCUUUCACUGGAUCAGUUGCCUCAGGAGAAGCAGUUCAGCGUCAAGCCGCCACAAAGAAUGUCAAGCCAGUGACAUUGGAACUAGGAGGAAAAUCUGAGAUCAUUAUCUUCGACGAUUCAGAUGUCAAAUCUGCAGUAGCUUCUGCAAUGCUUGCAAACUUCUUGAAUCAGGGACAAGUCUGCACAAAUGCCACAAGAGUUUUUGUACAGAAAGGAAUUUUGGCUUCUUUCACUGAAGCCAUUGUUCAAGAAGCUAAUGAUAAACUUAAAGUUGGAGAUCCACUUCUUGAAGACACUCGUGUUGGAGCUAAUAUCAACGAAGGGCAUCUUCAGAGAAUUCUUGGAUACGUUGAAAGUGCCAAGCAAGAAGGUGGAGUCGUUUUGAGAGGAGGAGUUCGUGUGCAUCCAACUGGUGUCGAGGGUGGAGCAUAUUUUGAGCCAGCAAUAAUUACUGGACUUUCCGAUGAAGCUAGAGCUGUUAGAGAAGAAAUCUUUGGAGCUGUUAUGCUCAUUUUACCAUUUGAAACAGAAGAGGAAGUUAUUGCAAGAGCAAAUAAUACAACUUAUGGAUUGGCUGCUGGAGUAUUCUCAGGGUAAAUCAGUCAAAUCUAUUGAAAUUUCGAUUCAUGAAUUGUAACCAGUUUUCAUUAAAGUUUUUUUUUCCAGAAAUCUUGCUCGUGGACACCGUGUCGCUGCUCGCCUUCAAGCUGGAACUGUUUUCAUUAAUACUUAUAAUGACACUGAAGUAAAUGUUCCAUUUGGAGGAUUCAAGAAUUCAGGACAUGGACGUGAAAAUUGUAUCGAUACUCUUCGUGCUCAUACUCAGACAAAGGCAAUCUAUGUGAAUGUUCAAGAUACUACUGAGCAUUGUUU